GACCAACUAAUAAGUGCCCCGAAACUCAUUUAUAAUUCAUGUUGCCAUUUUCAUCAUUUUCAUGCCUUUUUGAUAAAUUUCAUUUUGUUGAUACUGAGAUCUCACACACACUUGCGUACAUUGAAAAUUAUGGAGCAACGGCGAGAUUCUGUCGCUUCAGACGAUACUUUUGUUGAUCUUCAACAAGUAGAUCCUUCACCUAUAGAUUCCCCACUCGACUGGGAUGAAAAGCUACCCGAGUUGCCUUCAUAUACCUCGUUUGGGAGGUCCUCGACAUUGGGACUUAGUGGUUCCGGUCAUGGAGCUGUAUAUUAUCUCACACGUAUACAACGCUACUCGUCGUAUGCGUUCUCAGUCUUUAGUGCUUUGCAUAUCACGAAUACCUCUAUAAUACCCCUCAUUACCAGAUCGGUACCUGCUUCUGAAAAGUACUUAUUACUGACUCGCCCAUACUAUCAAUCCUUCCCUCUUGAACCAUUACUCGUUGGCCUCCCUCUUGCCACUCACAUAGCCUCUGGCUUCGCAUUACGUCUCUAUCGCCGCCGUGUAGCUGAAAAACGCUACUCCUCCCAUCAACCAUCCAGCUCUCUUUCAUACUUUUCCUUCUUAUCACCGAAGUUCUGGCCCUCGAUCUCGUCCACCUCUAUUUCAGGCUAUGUGCUCGCUCCUCUUGUAGCUUCUCAUAUGUUUGUCAACCGAGUCAUCCCUUUGAUACAUGAGGGAGGAUCAUCUGGCGUUGGGCUGGGGUAUGUUGCGCAUGGCUUUGUCAAGCAUCCUACGAUUUCUUGGACGACGUAUGUAGCUUUGGUCGGGCUUGGGGCAGGUCACAUGGUUUGGGGCACAGCAAAAUGGUUAGGGUUACUACCUAGAGGAUCUGAGAGGGAAAGGAGGAGGAGGUGGUGGAGUCUCAAUGGCAUUGUUGGUCUUGUGAGCGUUGCCUGGUACGCCGGUGGGUUGGGCGUCAUUGCACGAGGUGGUGCGGAAACUGGCUGGGUUGGUUCUGGAUACGACGCUCUUUAUCAAAAAAUCCCACUACUGAGAUAGAACCGGUGCAGAAUGUAGUCCGGUGCAGAAUGUAGUCCGGAUUCUCGUAAGACUUUGAAUCUUUUAGCAGCACAGCGAGGUGUUUGGUUUUAACCUUUAAAUUAAGAUUGCAGGAAAGGCAGUUGAAUAUGGUCCUGACGUAUAGACGAUCCCGUAUCAUGUAUAUACUAACAUACUGCUGCGUAUAAAACGAUCAUGAUAGGAUGAAUCCGACUUGGUAGAAUGAAGACACUUGAACGGUGGCAAAACCUUCACCACGGUCCACGUUUCCUUCCACCUCUUUCACCGCUUGCUUGCACAGAUAUAUAUUUCCAUUGAUACGCCCUCUCUUCAGUUGAAUUACUAUAACCCACAGUUUAUGAUCAAAGCAAUCUGAAUUUAACA